AUCCAAAACCCAGGCCCAGUAUAUAUCAAAACCAAUACUCACACACUGCGGUUACAGUUACACCGUCACGAACGAAGCAGACGGCGAGAAGUUAACCGGAUCCUCCGCCGUUGUUUCGUCAUCGGAGAGUGUUGUUCUUGAUGGACAGAGUCUUGAAUAUAUGCUGAAUUUGGUUUGGUUCGAAGGAGUUGAUUAAUAGGGACGUCGUUGGACUCUAGAAGUGCAUGUUUGGGAAGGGAUUGAUGGAUAGUACUGAUGAUUUGAGUUUUAAAAUUAUUUUUUCUGGAGAUGGAGCUGGAAGGUUGCGGGAUCGAGUGAAGGAAAAGCUGAAGGAAUUUAUGGGCGACUACACAGAUGACACUCUUGUGGAAUAUGUGGUUGUCUUGCUUAAAAAUGGGCGGCGAAAAGAAGAAGCAAGGAAUGAGCUGAAUGUUUUUUUGGGUGAUGACAGCGACUCCUUUGUAUCUUGGCUGUGGGAUCAUUUGCGAUCAAACCUUGACCUAUAUGCACAAUCAAAAGAAUCUCCUCCUGAUGAAGCGGCCAAACAGAAACCUCAUGUUCGUUCUGAAUCAGAGAUGAUAGAUUCCGAUAAAGUAUCCAAGAAUCGGAGGAGCAAAGAUUGGAAAGGGAUUAUAAGAGACCUAGAUGAGCCACCUCCGCUUCGCAGUGCCAUCAUAUCCAAUAUCAGUUCAGAAGACGAUAAAAACCAAAUAAAACGAUCACCUUCGCCUCAACCACUAAUUCACCGAAAAAGAGGCCGCAGUGGUGAAAGAGGUCACACUGAAUUGAAGUCACAAGUCGAGAGAGAAGCCGUUUCUAAAUCAAGGCUAAGCGCGUCACGAAGGCUACUGCAGUUUGCGGUCCGAGACGCGGUUGCCACUUCACGGCCACCUGGUUUAACGUCAGAGCCAUCGUUUAAGCGUUUACGGUCUGUAGUUUCUACACCCACUGAUGAUUCUCCACUUGAAGAAAGGCGUCCUUUAGUUUCCAGAGUGUCUAAACCCAUGGCGGUCGCCACUAAAGCCGUAGUGGAUGCCGCUGAAGAUGUUGCAAAAGUCAAACCUUCAGGGAAUGUAUUUGACCGGCUUGGUCGUAGUGCAGACACUUCUGACCAAUUCGUACAAGAUAAUGGAAAACAUGAGGUUUUUUCUCGAGUUACAGAGGCUACUGCUUCAACCUAUCUUACGCAAUACGUGGAUAAUGAUUCUAUGAUGUUGAACUAUAAUGUGGCAAAUGUUGUGGAUGAGACAAGUUAUAAGCCACACAGAAAUCAUAAUACUUCUGUUGCUACGGCUAAUUCCUCUCAUAAGACGGUAAAUAUUUAUUCGAAUGUAAAUAAAACGAGAGCGGUUUCAGAUACGAGCGGUCCAAAGCCUGUGCACACUGGGUUGGGUGCUGGCAACAAUACCAAUGGAAAUGGGGUACCCGCUAUACACGCUCAAAGGGAGGUUCAGAAGACACUGCCUUCAACUGGUGUCAAUCCUGUUGCUCGACCUACUGAAGAUGCAGACUUGCGUACCAUUUUUGUUAACAAUGUUCAUUUUGCCGCUACUAAGGAUGGUCUUUCUCGGCACUUCAACAAGUUUGGGGAAGUGUUGAAAGUGCUUAUAGUAACUGAAGCAGCAACCGGGCAGCCUAAAGGGUCAGCUUAUGUGGAGUUCAUGACAAAAGAGGCAGCAGAAAAUGCUUUAUCUCUGGAUGGUACAUCUUUUAUGUCACGUAUUCUUAAGGUUGUAAGGAAAAGCUCUGCUCAACAAGAAGCUGCCGCACCAGUGACAUCAUGGCCUCGUGUUGCCCGGGCUUCAGCAUCAAGAUUCGCUAGAGGGGUUCCUUUCCCAAGAGGCAUAGGCGGCAUAUACAGGUCCCGCCUCCCAAUCAAAGGGGGUGCUAGAAGCUUCCAGUGGAAACGUGAUGCUCAAAACUCACCAUCAUCUGAUACCAUUCCCAGCCCUUCCGGCGUCGCGACCGCCACCACCCCCCGCAGUCUCACUUAUGUCCGAACCGAGGCUACCAAGACACAUGAAAAUUCCAGCAAUGCUGCCUAAAGCUUCACUACUCGACAAAACGGAUCAUUGAUUGUUCUAAUGUCGUGGUAAAUAACGACACUUGUUUUGCACCAAGCACGAAAGGGUUAGUGAGUAUUGAUAGGGUUAGUGGCAGGUUUUUGUGGAUUCUUUUUGGGUUAAAUUGAGUUUUCCACAGUGACAUCUAAUCUGAUUCUCUUUGGCGAUGAUAUUAUUUAAACAUAAGAAUUCAGAUUGGAUUAUGAAAUUUCAACUUUAAUUAAA